AGUUACCUCUCUAUCUCAACUUGCUCGAAAUCUGAUCUACCAUGUCCACAGACACUUGCUCCUCCUCUUCCGCAUCUUCUCCAUCAACUUCAGAUCCUCCGUCGCCUCCGAUUGCAGCAAAAUGUCGAGUCUGUGCGAUGCCAUCGCGUGGAAAUCACUUUGGUGUUCUAUCAUGCCGAGCUUGUGCAGCGUUCUUCAGACGUUCAUUUGUUCACAAAAAGGAGUAUAAAUGUCGGCAGAGGAAUGUGGGAAAAUGUGAUGUCAGUGGGAAUGAUAGAUAUCAGUGCAGAGCUUGUCGAUUGAAGAAGUGCAAAGAACUGGGAAUGACGCCAGAAAACGUUCAAAUGGAUCGGAAUUCCGAGUCAUUCGACGAUGACAUGACUCCAGAUGGAUCUUUCAGUUUGGCUCUGGAGCCUGUUCAACAUUCGACGUUGUAUCAAAGUCUGAAAAAUCCAAAAAUAUUAAUCGACGUGACACCGACAUUGAACAGACUGAAGACGGUGUUAGCAGGGUUCAUGCCUCCUCUAAUCAACGAUGACUAUUUCAAAAUGAACACACUGGAACGCAUGAAAUUCGCCCUCUGGAAUUACAGAUCCGAGAGGAAAUUUGGAGAUUUAAAGUUCGAGAAGCAUAUUAUCGUAGAGAUUCCCAAUAAAAAAUGGGAAAAUGAUUUAAUACGAAUCGCCAAUUGGCUCCUCCAUUCUGAACAUUUCCGAAUGCUUCCACUUGAGGAGAAAAUGAUGAUUUUCAAGAAAAUCUGGGCUCGAUGGAGGAAGUUUGAGAAAUGGCUGAUAUCAGUUGACACAUUUGGUCACAAAGUUUAUAAGGAGAACGUGAUUGUAUGCACAAAUUAUAACGCGGCGAAUCUCAACAAGGUGCAUAUUGAUUAUUCAAAUAUUACUGAUCGAUCGAAUGAGGAAAUGUCACAAUUAUUUGGGAGACAGCUAUGGAGAAUGCAAAAAGAAGUUGCAAAGCCAUUGGCUGAGCUCACUCCGUCAACAAUUGAGAUGACAUAUAUGUUAUGUCAGCUGGUAUGGAAUAGUUUAGACGUCGAACUCAACAACUACUCAGCGGACAUCGGUGACAAAUUUCUCGCAGAAAUCUCUGAAAACCUACACGAAUACUACAUGCAUCAGAAUGUUCAAAACUACGCAUGGCGCCUGCAAAAGCUCAUGAAAAUUGUGAACAACGUCAAAGAGAUCGAACGAGAGCGUGAGGAGAUGAUGAAGCUCGCCGAGUUGUUUGAUGUCUUCAAGAUUAGGCUUUCCGAUAAGGAUCUCUUUAUUUGUUAGUGUACUCAUAGUUUUAAUAGGAUACUCAGAAAGAAAUCAUAUAUUUUUUGUUUUUUUUAGAAGACUUUUUUACCUCAACAUGUACAUAUUUAAUUUAAUAAACGUUUUGCACAAUCCGCU